AUGGUGCUCGCGGCCCCGCUGCUGCUGGGCUUCCUGCUCCUCGCCCUGGAGCUGCGGCCCCGGGGGGAGGCGGCCGAGGGCCCCGCGGCGGCGGCGGCGGCGGCGGCGGCGGCGGCGGCGGCCGGGGCCGGGGGGGAGCGUUCCAGUCGGCCGGCCCCGUCCGUGGCGCCCGAGCCGGACGGCUGCCCCGUGUGCGUGUGGCGGCAGCAUAGCCGCGAGCUGCGCCUGGAGAGCAUCAAGUCGCAGAUCCUAAGCAAACUGCGGCUCAAGGAGGCGCCCAACAUCAGCCGAGAGGUGGUGAAGCAGCUGCUGCCCAAGGCGCCGCCGCUGCAGCAGAUCCUGGACCUGCAUGACUUCCAGGGCGACGCGCUGCAGCCCGAGGACUUCCUGGAGGAAGACGAGUACCACGCCACCACCGAGACCGUCAUUAGCAUGGCCCAGGAGACGGAUCCUGCAGUGCAGACAGAUGGCAGUCCUCUCUGUUGCCAUUUCCACUUCAGCCCCAAGGUGAUGUUCACAAAGGUACUGAAGGCACAGCUGUGGGUGUACCUUCGGCCUGUGCCCCGCCCAGCCACAGUCUACCUGCAGAUCUUGCGACUGAAACCCCUAACUGGGGAAGGGACCGCAGGGGGAGGGGGUGGAGGCCGCCGUCACAUCCGUAUCCGUUCACUCAAGAUUGAGCUGCACUCGCGCUCCGGCCACUGGCAGAGCAUCGACUUCAAGCAAGUGCUACACAGCUGGUUCCGCCAGCCACAGAGCAACUGGGGCAUCGAGAUCAACGCCUUUGAUCCCAGUGGCACAGACCUGGCUGUCACCUCCCUGGGGCCAGGAGCUGAGGGGCUGCAUCCUUUCAUGGAGCUUCGAGUCCUAGAGAACACAAAACGGUCCCGGCGGAACCUAGGCCUGGAUUGUGAUGAGCACUCAAGCGAGUCCCGCUGCUGCCGAUAUCCCCUCACAGUGGACUUUGAGGCUUUUGGUUGGGACUGGAUCAUCGCACCUAAGCGCUACAAAGCCAACUACUGCUCCGGCCAAUGCGAGUACAUGUUCAUGCAAAAGUAUCCGCAUACCCACUUGGUGCAACAGGCCAAUCCGAGAGGCUCUGCUGGGCCCUGCUGCACCCCUACCAAGAUGUCCCCUAUCAACAUGCUCUACUUCAAUGACAAGCAGCAGAUUAUCUACGGCAAGAUCCCUGGCAUGGUGGUGGAUCGUUGUGGCUGCUCCUAAGGUGGGGGACAGUGGAUGCUUUCCCCACAGACCCUACCCUGAGACCCCAGCCCUGGCCCCCAUCUCCCCAAGCCCUAGAGCUCCCUCCACCUCUUCCCAUGAACAUCACACCUUGUUCCCUGACCAAGCAGUGUGCAAUACAACAGAGGGAGGCAGGUGGGGGUUGAGGGACAAGGGGUUGGGGAAACGGGAAAGGAGGGACAGACAUAGUUAGGGUGGAGUGUUUGAUGUUUGCAAGUAAGAAGGUUUGGCAAGAAGACAGAGAGAUGUAGAGACAGAAGUACAGAGGGAUAGAGACAGGAACAAACAGCAACACUGAGAAGGCAAAGGAAUAGAGAGGCAGAAGAGACAAGAGACUAGGCAGAGACAAACAAUGAGAAAGAGACAGAAAUGGAGUAAUAAAUGAAAGCCCCACACCAAGCCUCCUUUCUUCCACUGGCAAGGUGAGGGGCUUGGUAUAGUUUGGGGAGAUCCCCUGACUAUCCAGUAGGAGAGGAAAUAAAAAAUCCAUUCUUAGCAUCUUCCCUCUCCCCCUACAACAAUAACCAGGGGAAGGGAAGCAAGGGCAGGGGCAAAAGUAAGGAUUUGGGAAUUUUAUUUAUUUAUUUAUUGUGACUUUUCUUUGUUUUUUCUUUUUAUUUUUGGGUACUUGGCUUUACUGGAAUAGGAGGGCCCCUGCCCACUAUGCCCCAUUUGUCCCUUAUGCCCCAAACCCUGCUCUUCCCCAAUACCCACCCACUUAAGCACUUGUAUAAAGCCUCCAGGGUUGGGAAUGGGAGUAAAGGGCAAGAGGGCUGAUAUAUGUGUUUCUAACCCAUAAGCAACCUAACUAACCAAAUGGGUUGAACUGAGUGGCCAUGGAAAUAGUACAAGAUUGGCGUUUAAGAGCUGAGGGAGGGGAAAUCCUCAACAUCCAGGAUCUAUGAGAGCGCCACUAAACUAACCCUCAGACCCACCUUCUCCAAGGUAUUGAUUUAGUCAGAGGGUAUAGCCUGUUUAUGCCCAAAUUACCCUCAGCCGAGAGAGACCAAAGAGCCUGUGGAAUGCCCCUGCUCCCAGCCUCUAUCUUCAGGUCAAUAAAAGAGUAGAGACCCCAAAGUCCCCCAGGUCUGGGUAAGAUUAUAAAGGGUCAAGAAAGGAAUAAUAAGGAGGCUGAAGGUUACAGGGCAUUUGAAUCCAAAUCACUGCUCUGGGCUAGGGAAUAGAAUCUGUAGACCAAGGUGGAAGGGAUUCUGGAAGGGGGACAUUUUAG